AUGGCUCUUCAGCAGCCUCCACAUGCUUUUAAUAUCUCCCCAGUCGCGGAUAGGAGAUUGUGUCUAAAUGGAACACCCUGGAUUUGGCAUCUCCUGGAAGAGUGUGUCGGGAAUGCGUGGGAGUAUUGGAGUGUUGUCAUAGGCCUGAUCUCCAUUGUCUGCUUUCUGUUUGCUGCACUACCGUGAGUUUAAAAUCUUUAAGUACUUCUCAGAUUCAUACAUGAGUAAUCUUGCCCGAAGCUCUUCUCAGAAGCUGCCUCUCUCUCUCUCUCUCUCUCUGUCUCUCUCUUUUUUAGGUUCAUUCUUUGAUGCAUUUCUGUCCCUAUCUGCAUCGAAUAAAUAGGAUAUGCCAGAGCAGCAUGUUUCUCCUGUUUAAAGCAAUAUUUGAUGGUUGACAAAUUAGCUUGCUACACUCUACUGUUGUGGUGACUUACGCUAAUCUUUGCUAUUUGAAGCAAAUAAAAACACGUCACCCUCUUCUCCUUUGAUCUCUGCAUCAUUAAAACGUGUGCAUUUCACACACUUAAAUGGAGAGGGCAGAGUACAUUAUUAUUAUUAUUAUUAUUAUUAUUAUUAUUAUUAUGAAAUAAUAAUUAGUAAUAAUAAUUUGUUUUUUAUACCUUGUCCAUCUGGCUGGGUCUCCCCAGCCACUCUGGGUGGACCCCAACAGAAUAAUAAUAAUAGUAAAGCAAUAAAACAUAAAACAUUUAAAACUUCCCUAAACAGGGCUGCCUUCAGAUGUCUUCUAAAAGUCAGAUAGUUGUUUAUUUCCUUGGCAUCUGAUGGGAGGGCAUUCCACAGAGCGGGUGCAACUAGCAAGAAGGCCCUCUGCCUGGUUCCUGUAAUCUCACAGUGAGGGAACUUGCCAGAAGGCCCUCGGAGCUGGACCUCAGUGUCCGGUCUGAACAACGGGAGGUGGAGACGCUCCUUCAGGUAUACUGGGCCGAGGCAGUAUUGUGUCCAUUCUGUUGUUUGGUUCAAAUGACAAGCUGCCACACCUGUGUUGCUUCCCCCACCACGACUGCAAGGAGACUGACCCACAUGUGGUGGGGGUAAAGAGUAGAGCUAGGAGUGUGUAACAUAGUAUUCUGUUCAAGAUGCUGUUGGAGUAUAACUUUCAUCCUUUCUGGCAACCAUUGAGUGCAGAGGAAGAAGUGCUGCUUCCCCCUUUCCACCAGCCUGCACCUGUAUGCAGUUCCGCAUCACCUGUGGUUCCAGGCAGGAACUUAAAUACAAUGUUGUGCUGCAGUUUGUUUCCCCAGUACAUACAUCACUUGCAGUAACGAAGUAUAACAAUCUAGCUGGUUGAACCUGAAGAGGUCACAAAAGAGCUUUAAGUCACCUACUGUGAUAGUCUUCUCUUGGAAAAGAGCAACCAACUUUCCCCCUGGUAUCGUGAUGUAACCCAGGGGUAGGAAAUGCCCUCCAGGUUUUUGGGACUGCAACUCCUGUCCUCCCUGAACAGUCGCCACGCUGGCCAGGACUGAUGGGAGUUUGGGCAUAAAGCAUAGAGUCUUGGGUUUGGAAGACUAGGUUCAAAAAAGAUUUUAUUCAGUGAUGAAUUCGCUUUCUCAAUUCCUCACUUGUACAACAGGAAUACCAGAGACCAUCACCACAGGUUUAUCGGGAGGGAAAAUGGGAGGUUUGUAAAGCACUUCGCUCAGCAAAAUAUUGUGAAAAUGGAUACAGCCAUUAUCACAUAGCAAGAAAGAGAGGAGAAGAAGAAUGUGUUUUGCUCAUUGAUAUCACUGGAGCUUACUUCUGAGUAGAUAUUUAGCACUGCAGCUCCCCUAUUCUUCCUCCUGCUUUCUGCCAAUGUUCUCUCUAACCUACAGAGCGUUGAAAUCGUUCAAAGCAAUCCGUAUCCCAUUUGAGAUCAAUGGCAAAAUUCCCAUUGAUUCUUUUCCUGGAUUGCCCCCAUUGUACCACUUAUUGCUUCUCUUUCAAUUGCUGGUUAGUCUCUGUGCAUUCAUUUCAAGUAUGUAGGUUGGCAAUAGCAGGAACAGAGCAUGGAAUUCUCCCAGCAGGGAGGAAAUGGCUGAAGUUAAGUGGGAUUCAUUUUGAAGUCUGUUAUCUUGGGGAAGCCUGUAACUUAUUGAACCAACUGUCUGGAAAUUUGUGCCGAAUAAAACCUGUGUUGCAAAGCCUUUGAGCCGCUUGGGUUUUGCUCAAAAGGGGCGUCGUCAUUAAAAAUGUCACUUUUUGUAGAGUGGGAUUUUUUUUUUAUGGGUCACUUUGGUAAUGAGCUCCAUGAACAGUUUAACAAUUCAAAGACUUGAAUAAAGCUCUCAAGUCUGUUAUGAAAGCUUUGUGUGACCCUAGCCAUUUUUAAGUGUGAAUGUGCACUUUUUCAGGAUUACUGAGCUUGACAACUGAAGCAUUAUAAAAGCUGUUGCUCAUAGCUCCAUCUUGUCUUUAUUUCUGUGCUGUUAGUAUGUAUGAUGCGUUUGUGUAUUUUUUCAUUAGGACUGAUUAGCAAAGUGUAAGAACUAUUACUGUGCUAUUCAUUUUAUGUAUUACAGUCAUACCUCGUAAUAAAUAUGCUUCAGGUUGAGUGUUUUUGGGUUGCACUCUGCUGCGACCCGGAAGUAACGGAGCGCAUUACUUCCAGGUUUCGCCGCUUGCGCAUGCUCAGACGGUCAAAAUGACGCACACACAUGUGCGGAAGCGGUGAGACGUGCUGUCGCGUCUUACGUUCUGUUCGGGAUGCGAACAGGGCUCCAGAAUGGAUCCCAUUCGCAUCCCAAGGUACCACUGUAUUUAUUCAUUAAAAUUUCCAACCCCACACUUCUUGAGCUUGUGAACUCGUAAUGAUUAGCAGCUCAGAAAUAAUCAGAGCCAUAUUAGAACAUAAUAUGAUAAACACUUAUAACUGUUUUGAACAUGGGGGCUGCCCAUCUUCAGCAGUUUGCACUUAUUUUUAGAUUUAAUUUGUGUAAAAUGCAGCACAUCCUUUGGAUUUCUUUUCCUCCCCCAGUCAACUGUAUGUUGCCUAUCGGAAUGGAAAAGUGGAUCAAGCACUUUCAUUGGGCUUUCUGCUAUGCUGGAUUGCUGGAGACCUCACCAGUUUUAUUGGGUGCUACUUGACAAAUCAACUUCCAAUACAGGUAAGUUGUCUGAGUUUUAAAUAUCUGGCUUGCUAGAGACCUGAGGCCAAUUUUGCCUGUUUUUUUUUUUUUUUAAUUUUACCAACUCAACAGGAGUCAUUAACCAUGAAAAAGACACCCCCCCCCCCAAUUUUCACUCGGUGUUUCUUUUAAGCCAGUGCUCUAUUAAUGCUCCCUCUCUUUGUACUCCAUAGCACGCACUCUCUUCCCUCUCUCCCUGCACCACCACAGAUAUAUUUGAACCCCUUUGUUAACCUUUCCUUCCUCUUCUCUUUAUGCCUCAUUGUGUACCCUCUUCUAUUUCUCUCUUCACUCCCAUCCGGUUGCCAAUGAGAGAACAAAAUGCUGGGUUUGCUGGGCCUUUGGCCUGGUUCAGCAGGCCUCCUCUUAUAUUCUUAUCUCUGUCUUUGUCUCACUUCUCACACACAGAUCUCUUUGAAGUUCAUCUCUGUAGCAACCCUCCCUUUCUCUCUACAACCCACAGAGUACUCUCCAACCUCCUGGCCUCCUAUCCUUGUUCCUCGCUUCCUGCCACUUUUCUCACCUCCGCUCUUCUUCAGCAUAAGAGGUUUUUGCUCUCCCUUCACCUCACACUCUCUCCAUUAAGAGAUUGGGCCACAUGGUGUAGUGGGGCUGGUUGGCUGCAACAGGCUGGGAAGUUGGCACCAAGUCUGCCAUAGAUUUCUGAAUACGCAGAAGGAAAGGAGCAAUGUGGACAUAGUGACAUAGUCAAUCCUUGCUCCACAUUUCAUAGCCUUCCUUUGGCCUUAAUUCCCCCCCCCCCCAUAGAGGUGGAAAAGGACCACAAACAACAGAAGUUUGGAAUUCUUUUUUAUUGCCUGUUACCUUGAUUUGCAUAAAAGAUAAAAAUGGGAUAUAAGUAAAGGUGCUAUUUUGCCUACUUUGGAUGUUUUGCACUAAAGUAUGCAUCGUUCUUUUCAUCUUUUUCAGAUAAUCACAGCCAUCUUUUACGUUAACAUGGACAUUAUUAUGAUAUCCCAGUUUGCCUAUUAUAAGCUAAAAAAUCAGAAGGCGACAAAAUGUGAGUCUGUUGAUUGGAGACUGCAGCUGGAUGUAAUUUGCUGCUGCUUUUAAAAACAAAUUCUUAACACUUAGAAACUGCUUUAACCCUGGGUGUGUUUUUAAAUAGCAUGCUUGCACUAGAUGGCUUAGACUCUAGAUGCCUUAAACACUAAAUGUUCUUGCAAUUAGGAUGCACCUACUUCUAGAAAAAGUUGCAUUACUGAAUUAUGAUAGUCACACACAUUCUCCUCCUGGCACUAAACAAGGGAAGAAGAACUUGGGACCAUCGUUUGAAACUCCCAUUGUUCUAGGUGCGUUUUGUGACAGGGAAUUUCAUUAGUGUGAGCAGUUUCUGAGCUCUGGGUGCAGUCCUGCGCCUAAGAUUUCAGAUUAAAACUGCACAGUGGAAGGAAAGGGGGACGUUUUUCUGCCUCCCCACUUCCAGCCACUCUCUGGAGAAGACUGGAGAAGAGAUCUUCUUAAGAAUAUUAGAAGGGCAGGCAGGGGAAGCACGGCUUUAUUUUUUGCACUCUUAAGAUGAGGACUAAACCAUGUGAAAAAUGAACAUAAUAUUUUAGCUGCAGUUCAUUCAUUUUCAGCUUUGUAGUCUUGUUAUAGAAAAGUCUGUCUGGACAUUCUGUUGUCGCUCCCAUAAGCUACGUUUAAGGUGCCAUUUAGCUUUCAUAUGUCAGUUUCUAAUACUGCUUGGGACUCAUUUACAGUGGUGCCCCGCAAGACGAAUGCCUCGCAAGACGGAAAACCCGCUAGACGAAAGGGUUUUCCGUUUUUGAGUUGCUUCACAGGACGAAUUUCCCUAUGGGCUUGCUUCGCAAGACGAAAAUGUCUUGCGAGUCUUGAGAUUUUUUUUUCGCUUUCCCCCCCCUUUAUCUAAGCCGCUAAGCCUUUAAUAGCCUUUUAGCAGCUAAUCCGCUAAGCCUUUAAGCCUUUAAUAGCCGCUAAACCGCUAAUAGCGCUAAUCCGUUAAGCCGCUAAUAGGGUUGCUUCGCAAGACGAAAAAACCGCUAGACGAAGACACUCGCGGAACGGAUUAAUUUCGUCUUGCGAGGCACCACUGUAUUUUAAAUAGAUAUCCUGGAUAACGACUGGAUAGUAAACAGGUUGCUAAAUCAAUCCUGAAAAUAUGCCCAGGUUUAGGCUACAAUCCUAAACCCCCCUACUGAGUAAAAUACCAUUGAACUCAGUAAGGCUUACUUCAGAGCAGACUGACAUAGGAUUGCACUGUCCUGCAUUCAUCUGUGUUCCAUGGUUUACUACUUUUAGCAUGAUAGAGUUACCCUUAGACAUUCCUGUGCAGCAGAACAAGUUACUUGUAUAAUUUGCUAAUAAUGCUUAGCUGCUUUUCGUAGACAAGCCUUUGUGCUUUAUGGGAUCCACUCCAGAGGGCCCCAAGCUUGGGAGGAAGUUUUGAGGGAGGGUCUGGCAUUUGAAAGGAAGGGGGGGGGGUUGUUUGGUUUUUUAAAAAAACCACGCUAUUGCCACCAGUUCAGAUGCUGGCCUGAAACUAUUGGUAUCACAUAUUAUGUCUCUGUAUAUCACAAACAAAUGUUAGAUUUCUUUAAAAGCAAUAAUGAAGUACUUAGUUGGCCCUGAUUUUCAUUUGCUUUUCAAGGUGGCAUAAACUUGAAAAACUGUUGUGUCAUCUGGGUCUUGAUGUGCAUCAUACUCGGUUUGAUUUUACCUGGUCCGUUACUGCUGCGGAACCAAGUCCAGAAUACUCUUUCAGGAACAAGUGAGGUACAACUUUUUAAUGUUUCUAUUUUAUUACUUUGCUUGUGCUGUUCUUGAUACCGAUAGUAGUGUGGUAUAGAAUUUCCAAGUAGUUAAAACCCCAAUGCUAACUAGCAGACUCAGUUUAAUACCACUUUUCCCCAUUUAUUUAAAUGAUUUCUUAAUUAAUUGCAUUGACUGCUGUGCAUAGGUUAGGAGGCAAUGCUGCCUUUUGUGUUUAAACUUCUGUCAAUCUCGAAAUUAUUAUUUCUCUGUGUGUGUGUGUGUGUUUUGUUAUCUUCAGAAGUCUCAUGGCAUGAUUGAGAUGUCAGGAUUUGUGUGUGGCUACAUAUCGUGUCUCUUUUAUUUGGGAUCUAGAAUUCCCCAGCUGUAUAAAAAUGUAAGUAUUUUAUUACUUAUUUCUAAAGACAGUGCACGCCACAUGCAACAUUUAUUGAUCAAGUUGGGGGUCAGCUGCAGAGAUUGGGAGCACUGGAUCGUUCGGCAUUUGAGGCUAAUUUGAAUAAAUUCCUAUAAUUUCACUAAAGGUGACAAAGAUUUAAUAGGUUGCCUAUUAGGCUUACGAUGCUGUAUCUAUAAAGGUAAAGGGACCCCUGACCAUUAGGUCCAGUUGUGGCUGGCUCUGGGGUUGCUGCGCUCAUCUCGCUUUAUUGGCCGAGGGAGCCGGCGUACAGCUUCCGGGUCAUGUGGCCAGCAUGACUAAGCCGCUUCUGGCGAACCAGAGCAGCGCACAGAAACGCCGUUUACCUUCCCGCUGGAGCAGUACCUAUUUAUCUACUUGCACUUUGAUGUGCUUUCGAACUGCUAGGUGGGCAGGAGCAGGGACCAAGCAACAGGAGCUCACCCCAUCACGGGGAUUCGAACCGCUGACCUUCUGAUCUGCAAGUCCUAGGCUCUGUGGUUUAACCCACAGUGGCCUGUAAAUUUAGGAAAGUAUUUAGUAGUAGAAAGCCUGCUUUGCAUGCCAAGGUCCUAGAUUCAAUUCUUGACAUCUCCUGGUAGGGCUGGGGGGAAUCCCUUUGUGGAAUCCCGGAGAGCUGAUCCCAGUCACUGUAGACAGUAUGGAGCUAGAUGAACCAAUAGUAGAAAGUUGUCCCUGUGUUCCUUUCUUUUUCUUAAAAGGUUGCCAAUGAGAAAGACACGUGGAGGCCAAGAUGGUUAUCACAGGAUUCCUAAUUUAUUUCUGGUCAUGCGUGUAAAAAAGAAAAAAGUAUGUGUGCUUUUGCUAUAACACUGCUUUUACAUUUAUUUUUUUUAGUUCCAAAGAAGAUCCACAGAAGGCACCUCUUACCUGCUUUUUGCUUUAGCCAUGAUGGGAAACUGUACCUAUGGUCUAAGCAUUGUCUUAAAGAUGCCUACAACACAGGAUCUCGUAAAUCUUUAUUUCUGGCAUCAUCUCCCCUGGCUUAUUGGGAGCUUUGGGGUUUUGUUUUUAGAUAUUUUUGUAUCCUUUUCAGAUGAAAAUGACUGGUAUUGCUGCAGCCUCUUGGUAAAUAGCAUCUUGCAGGCAUAUGAUGAAUUAAUAGCUUUUAGGUGAAAAGGCCUUCGGGGCUGUAGUAAGGAAACAGUAUUCAGUAGGGUACCCUGUCAUCAAAUCCUUGCCCGGUUGGCACAAGUUUACCAAGCUUAGCUUCAGGUAGGUAGCUGUGUUGGUCUGACACAGUUGAAAUAAAUUAAUAAAAUUAAAAAAUUGUCCAGCAGCACCUUAGAGACCAACUAAGUUUGUUCUGGGUAUAAGCUUUCAUGUAUCUGAAGAAGUGUGCAUGCACAUGAAAGCUUAUACCCAGAACAAACUUAGAUGGUCUCUAAGGUGCUACUGGAUAUUUUAAAAACAUUUUUAUUUAUUUAGCUGUUAUAUCAUAGCACACACAUUUGUUCAGUUUGCUCAGUUGAGAACACAUCUUUGAAUGCGUUCAGCCUAUAUUUGUUGUUAUAUGGGAUUCAAAAAGGUAUAUCACAUCCAUCUGUCCAUAUACUGUAUGAUUAUACUUGAAAGUGUGGCUUUGAAAAACUGUCAGAAGGAAGAAGAAUGUUUAAGUCUGCAAUCUUAUGUACACACUUCCCUGGGAGAUAAGCUCUACUGAACACAGUUGAAAUUUAGUUCUGAGUAAACAUGCAUACGAUUGAGCCCUACGUCUGCAACCCUGUAUACACACCAAGUCCCAUUCCAUAGGAUUGGGCUGUAAAAUACAUACAAUUUUAUAUAGCAUGUAGCACACUUACCAUAAGGUUUUGUGGUUACAAGUUGAUUAAUAAGUAAUUGAUGACAACCUUAAAUCACGGGUCUCUAGCAUAAUUUGCAUCAGGAAGCAUUCAUUAAAUAAAUGCUGCACCUUAUUGGCUUUGCCUGUGCUGUUUGUUUCUGGUUUUGGUUUGGCAAAUUGCACUCUGUCCCAGAUAAAAGCUUAUGGUUAGUCUGUAAAGCCAUCUGCUAAAUGACACAAAAUGCUCCAGAAUGAGAGGAGGGGGGAGGAAUCUCUUCACCAAAUUGUAGAAAUGUGGUUGGCUUCACAUUUCAUAUAUGUGCUUCAUGCCCACUCUAAUAUAGAAAGGAAUUGUUUCAUAUAAGCCUUAAUGUUGUUAAAGAAGGGCAUUUUUUAAACAGCUGGCAUUAUCUAUCAGAAUACUUGUUCAGAUUAAAGCGCCAGACUGGACUGUCAAGUCUUUAAACCCAGAAAAAGAACAUUUUAUUCCACCCCACUUUAUUCGUUUGCUAGGGUAAUAAUACGUAUGUCUAACAAUCCACUCCAUAACACAGUUCAGUGACAUUACUCCACUUCAGUGGGUUAUAUUGACUUUAAUCCAAUGGGUUUCACUUAACCUGAGUGAGCUGCACCUUGAGCUUUAAAUGUUGCAUUACAGCCAUCUCCUAUCCACUAAAGGUAAAAGGUAAAGGACCCCUGACAGUUAAGUCCAGUCAUGAACGACUCUGGGGUUGCGGCACUCAUCUUGCUUUACUGACCGAGGGAGCCGACGUUUGUCUGCAGACAGUUUUUCCGGGUCAUGUGGCCAGCAUGACUAAGCCGCUUCUGGCGAAACUAGAGCAGCGCACGGAAAUGCCGUUUACCUUUCCGCUAGAGCAGUACCUAUUUAUCUACUUGCACUUUGACGUGCUUUCGAACUGCUAGGUUGGCAGGAGCAGGGACCGAGCAAUGGGAGCUCAGCCCGUCGCGGGGAUUCGAACCUCCAACCUUCCGAUCAGCAAGCCCUAGGCUCUGUGGUUUAGACCACAGCACCACCCGCGUCCCUUCUCCUAUCCACUAGAUAACAAUAAACUGCUAGCAUAAUUACCAAAAGGUUAAUUAACCAAAGGCGGUUGGGAGGCUAGGUUUUCAUUUUUGAUAAGUUAAAGCAGACUUGAUAACAUGGCUAUGGCAGAUCAGCCAAUAUUGUGUUUAAGUGUGCCCUGUCAGGAGAAUAAUAGAAGUGCCAAAGGGGGUGGAAGCCACUCAGUAUUGGUGUAGAAAAAGCUGCAUGUGCCCUGUGAUACACUUAGUGCAUUGUUCUGUGAAUAUGCACAGCACCGGGAGAACCAAGACAAAUUGUGACAAUGCACAAGAACUGAGGUCACAUAGGCCCCUCUCUUUUAAUUCGUACUUUAAUUGAAACGAAUCCUAGUUAACAGGCUUGAAGCAGUCCAUAAUUCCCACUGUAGUACAAAAACAGUGUUGCCUGCUGCUGUGGUCUUUUUGCCUAUUGGCAGCCUUCUGGAAUGUAUGGCUUCUAGCCAUAGUUUGAACAAAAAGCAUUUUAUUCCCCCAACGGUGAAAACCAUGUCCGGGUCUAUUUGGCUUUAGCUGGAAACAUAACACUGGGAGGAUUUCUCUCUCAAAAAUCUGCCUCUGACCUCUGUGCCCAUUUUCUAACGUUGUUUCACGGCACUGAACCUAAAAGGACUUGAAAAUCACUAGCCACAAAGUUCUCCACGAGCAAAAUGGCGCACAAUUCCCUGGUCACAAAUAUCUGCGCAGAUUAUUCUGUUGUGUGUCCUGUGUGAAGUCUGAAUUGAAUCUUAAUGAUGGAUGAUAUCCAAUUGUGGUCAUCUGUUAGUAGGAUGACUUUAAAGGGGGGUUGGUCAAAUUCAUAGUAGGGACGCGGGUGGCGCUGUGGGUAAAACCUCAGCGCCUAGGACUUGCCAAUCGUAUGGUCGGCGGUUCGAAUCCCCGCGGCGGGGUGAGCUCCCGUCGUUCGGUCCCAGCUCCUGCCCACCUAGCAGUUCAAAAGCACUUCUAAUUGCAAGUAGAUAAAUAGGUACCGCUUUAUAGCGGGAAGGUAAAUGGCGUUUCUGUGUGCUGCGCUGGUGCAGGCUCGCCAGAGCAGCUUCGUCACGCUGGCCACGUGACCCGGAAGUGUCUCCGGACAGCGCUGGCCCCCGGCCUCUUAAGAGAUGGGCGCGCAACCCCAGAGUCGGUCACGACUGGCCCGUACCGGCAGGGGUACCUUUACCUUUACCUUUAGUCAAAUUCAUGGAAAUUAAGGAUAUUGGUGGCUACAGUUCUCAUGGCCAUAUUUUGUCCAGUAACGGAGGCAGUUUGCCUCCGAAUACCAGUUGAUUGCUGGGGUUUAUAAGUAGGAGAGUUCUUCUGUGCUCAUGUCUUGCUUGUGGGUUUCCACUCUGCAUCUGGUUGACUACUGUGGGAACAGAAUGUUAGACUCGAUGGGCCUUUCAGGGCGCUUCUAAUGUCCUUCUGGCUGCUUAAUUUAAACAUUCACUUUUGUUGCUCAUAACUCGAAAGCGAUCGCUGUAUAAAUUGUCUUUCUGUCUCAAGUGACUAAUAAUUUCCCUGACUUUAAUACCCAGAUAACUGCACAGUUUAUUUUGUAUCGCAAGCGGAAGGAGAGAAGACCCAGCUUGGUGGCCUUGGAAGUUGAACCUCUGCUCAUAAAUGAAGAUUCCUAA